AGAAACACUUCAACAAAAGCAGCUUUCAAUCCUCGUAUUUUUCAUCUUGCUGUCCAUUAUAUUAUGCACAAAACCGAAAAUAGUGGAUGUUUGUGGCGAUCAAUCGUAUGCCAAGAUACGCCAUCGCGACAUUGGCAGCAAAACAUCGAGACAUAAGAUCAACCGUCCGCGUCAGCCCUGUGGAAUCUACUCACUGUUGAAACUUGGUUGACACCUACAUCGGCUCUAUGCAUAUCUUCAUACGCGCCUGCAGCAAUAAACUCUAUGCGCUGUAUGCGGUGUAAGGGUUAGAUGCUAAAAAUCACAACUCCGCGCAUCUUUUUCUUCGAUUGCAUCCGACGUACAGAAUAUCUGUAUGCUUGCAAGUCACGUUUCUCAAACAUGGCGGAGCCUCCAUCGAAGAGACGACGUUUGAGUGAUACCGAUGAGGAUCACACCGUAAAAAAGUCCGGUGAACUUCCGACGUCACUCUCGCACCCGAUCAGUCCUCCCCCUCCCAGGAAAACGGUGGCCCGUGAGCGGAAGCUUAUUUCUUCUCCGAUUCGGCUCACCACCAUUAGAGACCUUCCGGAAGAGUCAAACAUCGACGCCGUAUCACUUCAUGACCUCCUCGGAGAUCCGCUCAUCUCAGAAUGUUGGGAGUUUAACUAUUUACAUGAUGUGGACUUUCUCAUGAACCACUUUGACGAGGAUACAAGAACUCUUGUAAAAGUCCAUAUCGUCCAUGGGUUCUGGAAGAAAGACGACAACAAUAGGUUGUCUCUAGAGCGACAAUCGGCACAACACAACAAUGUUACCCUCCAUACAGCAUAUAUGCCAGAAAUAUUCGGCACUCAUCACUCAAAGAUGCUCGUGCUAUUUAGACAUGAUGAUACAGCCCAGGUCAUUAUACACACAGCCAACAUGAUAUCUAAGGACUGGACAAACUUGACGAAUGGCGUAUGGCAAACGCCUCAGCUUCCUCUACUUACGAAAUCGCAAAAUUCGUCAGAACCAGACUUGAAGAUUGGCAGUGGAUCAAGGUUCAAGAAUGACUUGCUGAAUUACCUACGAGCGUAUAAUUCUAAAAGAAAUAUUUGUAGAUCUAUGGUCGAGGAGCUUAAGAAGUAUGACUUCUCUGCCGUACGGGGAACGCUAAUUGCAAGUAUACCUGGAAGGCAUGAUUUAUAUGACGAUGACCCGAGCACGACUUUUUGGGGAUGGGCAGGCAUCAAACACGCUCUGCGGUCCGUCCCGGUUCACACAGGAGAGUCGGAUAUCGUGGUCCAGAUAUCUUCUAUCGCAACCUUAGCCCCGACAGAUAAAUGGCUACAGCGCACUCUGUUCGAUUCAUUAUCGCCUCCCACAAAACCUAAAGCACCAAGACCAACGUUCAAAGUAAUAUUCCCCACCCCGGAUGAGAUAAGACGGUCCUUGGAUGGUUAUGCUUCCGGUGGCUCCAUACAUACGAAGAUACAGUCGGCGACGCAGACCAAGCAGCUCCAUUAUAUGAAACCCUUGCUUCACCAUUGGGCAAAUGACUGUGAGAAGGGAGAAAGGGAAGAAGGCGAAUCGCGGGACGGAGGGCGCAACCGCGCUGCACCACACAUCAAGACAUACAUCCGCUACAAUGAUAAUAAGUCUAUCGACUGGGCUUUGCUCACAUCUGCCAAUGUUUCGCAUCAGGCCUGGGGUGCGGCUACAGAUGGCACCGCGACGAUACGAAUUGCCUCUUGGGAAAUCGGUGUGUUAAUGUGGCCUGAACUAUUCGACGCUAAUGCUACCAUGGUGGGCACCUUCAUGAAGGACAUGCCCACGGACGAAGGACUAGACAGCGAUGGGCCUCUAGUCGGUCUAAGGGUCCCGUACAGCCUGCCCUUGCAGAAAUACGAUGAUAGCGAGCUCCCGUGGGUAGCCACGGCAACUUAUACCCAGCCUGACUCGAAAGGGUGUGUUUGGGGCUAAACACCAAGGGUAGGAACAACACGGCGAUCGUGGGUGUGAAGAAUUAAACUGCACGGGACCCUUAAGCCGACUAGAGGUCUAUCGUCGCCUAGACCUUUGCUAGGACAUGAUCAUCUCGAAAAAUUUAUGAGUAAUUUCAAGUAGUUGAAAAAGCUAGCGAGACUUAUGUCCAAUGUAAAAUAGGCAAUAUUCACCAACAGCAGUUAAAGAGCAGGUUUACGUCGUUUAUAUAUGUAUCUAAGGUAUCUAGUGCUUGUAUGAUGCCGCAACGUCUUGCAACCCG